AUGGACUUCGGCAACCUCGCGCUUGGCCACCCCGACGCCUCGCACAAGCAUGUGUGGCUCGUCGACCUCGCCGUGAACGUGUACGGCCUGGAGGAGAUCAAAGACAGCACGCGUCCCAUCUCGGUGGUGAUGCUCGCGCAUGGGUGGGCAAACAAGGCCAAGCAGAUGGCGGCGAUGGCGUCGGGUCUGGUGGGCGAGUCGCUGCGCCUGGCGCGCGAAGGCGGGCGCGAGACGACGCACGACCUUCUCGUCGUCACUCUCGACCAGCGUAACCACGGCGACCGUAGGCGCAACCCCGACGGCCUCUCGACUUACCGCCACCCCAUGCGGCCCGCGGACAUGCUCACAGUCGUCACAGGUGGCGUGCAUGACUACCAGCUCGUAAUGGACUUCCUCGCGUCCUACCUCUUCCCGCUCGACGAGCGUGUUAUCACGCGCUGGAUGGCAAGCGGCGUCAGCAUGGGCGGUCACGUUGCAUGGCGUCUGCUGCGCGACGAUCCGCGCGUGCGUGUCGGCGUGCCCAUCGUCUCCAUUCCGCCAGAGCGCCUCGGCACACUCCUGACCAUCGCUAGCGAGCGCGAGGGCACGCUCGGCACCCCCGCCAAGCCAUACCCGGCCAGCUUGAGGCGCGUGUACGAGCGCGCCACUCCGCCCGGCGCGUACAUGGGCAAGAAGAUUCUCUGUCUGUACGGUGAGGUCGACGCCAUGGUGCCGUAUGCCCUCGGCGCGCAGGCCCUCAAGGGCAUCAUGGAGGAAUAUCCGGGCGAUGUCCAGUUCUGGAUCCAGCAGGAGCGGGGACACGUGUGCACGCCCGAGAUGGUGGAGCGCGCUGCCCUGUGGCUUUGGCGCUGGGGUACGAGUGCGUAA